AUGGACAAGCCUGGGGACUCCCGCGAAAUCAUCGGGCGUUACUGGACCGGCAGCCAGUACCACAUCAGCCACAGGCAUUUCACUGCACCGACAGACCGUCUUCCUGCCAUCUCCUCUCUCGCUGAACUCGUGAGCAAGGCGGCCGGGGAUGAAUACAUUGCAGGGCUAUUCCGCUCCGACCUCCAUCGCGGCCUCACGUGGAACAAAAAGACGAAAGACAAAUGUGAAGGAUUCGAGGAUCAUCUUGACAAAUCCUUUUUCCGCCACGGAAAGGAAUUUUACAAGUCCCGUUUUCGCGAUGGAGAGGAGCCAAAAGACUGUUACGUUGCUCCUUCGUGGAGCUGGGUAUCAACGCCUUCAUCUUCGUACUCUUGGCGUGCCUGGGGCAUCCCUACUAUCAUCGACGCUGACUGCGAUAUCGAUGCCAAAGUCCAACUCGAAAACGAAGAUAAUCCUUUUGGCCGGGUCAAGUCUGGUCACAUUGUUCUCACCUCGAAAGCUUACCACUCCGACUCGAUGCGUCUCUGCAUGCAAGAAGAGAAGCUUAGGCUGAAAGACAAUGCGGGACUUGAGGCUGAUGUGGAUCUUGAUUGGGCACUACAGCUGGGUUCAGAUGAGAACCUCCUGAUCUCGGACUGUUGCUGGGAUGAAAACCAUCCGCUGUGGAAGUCCCGGGGACCUCUGAGUGGCAUGCACCUGGUACCACUAAUUCAAGAGGAAGACGGCCGCGAGACUAUUGGUCUGAUCGUCAUCCCAUUCCCCAAUCAAACGGAUGAAUCUUACAUGAGAGCUGGAAUCUUCACGUCAAAGGGGACGUGGAAUCCUUCUGAAGACUGCCCUCGGAAAAGCCUUCAGGUUUCCUAA